CCUCCUCUUCCUCCCUUCACGCGCGCGACCGCGCCAAAAAGCAAUGGCGUUUUUGCGAAGCGUGUCGCGGCGAUGCUGCGCCGGCAAAAAACUGGCAAAAUGCGGCGCUUCAGCGAUGCCCGUCGUCGGCCUCCUGGAGAACGCGACGGCAACGGCGACGAGGACACCGUCCCUGCGGCUGGUUACACAGGUGCGCGACACACGCUGCUACGCCACCGCCACCGCCGCCACCACCGCUGCUGACGUCAAGCAGCAGCGGCCGCCGGCGCCGCCUCGGCAGAUCGACCCGCUCGAUUUGAAGUUUAACGACCCGAUCGCCGCGUUCAAGAGCAAGACCACCAUGGAGCUGAUACGCGCCUACUUAGUAUACCAAAUGUGCUCCAUCGAGUACAUCGUGGAGAACAAUAUGAAGUUCAUGAAAAUAGCCAAGUCGAUGAUGGGCGAGACGCUGUUCUCGAAGCUCAUGAAGGCAACGUUUUACGGCCAUUUCGUCGCCGGCGAAGAUGAAGUGCAGAUCACGCCUGUUCUGGACAGACUGCGGCAGUUCGGCGUCAAGCCGAUCCUCGAUUACUCCGUCGAGGAGGACAUCUCGCAGGAGGAAGCCGAGCGACGCGAGCUCCAAGCCUCGGUGUCGGAGGCGGGCGACGAGAAGAGGGAAGGCCCGCUGAAGAAGUACCACGUAGAAAAGUCGUUCGCCGACCGGCGGUACAAAGUGUCGUCGGCCAGGACAUAUUUCUACCUGAAUGAGGCGUCGUGCGAGCGAAACAUGGACAUAUUUAUCAGGUGUCUGGAGGCCGUGGCGGGUGAGUCCUGCUUCUUCAGCUCCUCCCCCGGCCGGUCGUUCCCAUCUUCCUCCUCCUCCUCUUCCUCUUCCUCAUGCAUACAAAGAAAAAUAUUAUACCGCGAAGGAAAGCACAUAGUCAAUUUAUUUUUCUUUUUUUAAGUAACGGUUAUUUUAAACAAAGAAUAUUUUCUUGAUAUUAAAAUAUACUUGUUGCAAGUAUUUCGUAAGCUUAUACAUCCAUAAAUAUGUCAUAAAUUCAUCAUGAGCAAAUUUAUUCAAAAUAUUAUUCUAAAUUCUAGUAAGUUUAGUACCUCAAUCAAGAACAUUACAUUAAAACACUAAAACUAAAGCUUUUGUUUACUCAUUCCAAUUAACCGAAUUUAACUUUUCUUCGAUAAAGUUUGUAGUAUU